GUUCCUGAACGCAUCAUACAGGAAGUGAAGUAACCUCGCAGGAGUCUGAAAUAAUGAGACGGUUUUGACUUCAGGCAACUUUACAGCCCUGAGUUCAUCCACACCCUGCUGUUUCUGCAUUUAGAUACAACAUAAGCAGAGCUGAGCCAUGGCCACCAUCCAGAUCCGAAAGUAUCAGGCCGACGAUGACGAGGCAGUGAAGGAGAUCUUCACCCUGGGGAUGAGCGAGCACGUCCCCUCGUCCUUCGUGCACCUCCUCAAACAGCCGCCCACUCAGAUGAUUCUCAUGUGCACGUUCUGCGCUCUCAUGGCCAGCUCCAAGUCCAUCCUGCUGCCCGUCCUCGCCGUCACCCUCCUCCUGGCUGGUGCCCGGCAGUUUGUCGUCUACAUAUUCAACAAAUACAUUGACACGUCCCUCAAGCUGGACCUCAACGACAUCACUGGGACCUACCUGCAGCAGAAGGACACGUGUUUUUGGGUGGCAGAGUAUGACGGUCGAGUGGUCGGCACGGUUGCCUGCCUCCCCAAUGAGAACGCCCCGGGAUGUUUGGAGCUGAAACGUGCGUCUGUACGCCGAAGUCACCGCAGGAUGGGGAUCGCCCAAGCUCUGUGUCAGACAGUCGCUGAUUUCACUCGUGAAAGGGGGUUUGCAGCGGUGAUCCUGUACACCUCGGUGGUGCAGACAGACGCUCAGAAGCUGUAUGAGCGCAUGGGCUACGAGAAGAUCAGAGAGUUUCUCUUACCCGAGCUUUUUGCCAAAGUCAUGAACUUCACUCUGAUCGAGUACAGACUGGACUUACAGAGGGACAGAAAGGAGGACUGAGGGGCGUCAAACUGAAACACAAAGACUGUUCAGCUCUUCAGGGCAGCAGCACCGUCCAUACAGACAGUUUUUUAGACUAUGUAUACCCAGCAUGCAUUGCAGUAAAGACAAAAAAAACCACUCAGGACUUGUUAAGUGACAUCCACAUGAGGAACUGUUUACUCAAAAUACUUGCAGUUAAAGGCCAGACUUGUUGUCUGUUGUAACACAUUUACACACACACACACACACACACAUACACACACACACACACACACACACACACACACACACACACACACACACACACACACACACACACAGAUUGGUCGUAGAAUCAGAUGCUCUGUUCAUUCUCAUGUUGUCAGUUUGUUCUCGAUUAAGAAAGUAAUUUCGUUAUUUAAUUCUGUAAAUUAUUUUGAUUUGAUAAAAUAAACUGAGCAAACCAAACACACUCCAACAACCUAUACACCUCCAUUUGUUGUUCCAUAAUAGUUCAGUAAUCCAAAGAGUGACACUGGUAUCUUCAAACUAAACCAGUUGACUGAUCCACUUCAUCAUGCAGCAUUUACACCAAUCAGCUUUAACAUUAUGACCACUGAGCUGCAGCUUGAGAGACACUCUGACCCAGUAAAGCCAUCAUGAUUUGGCUCUUGUCAAAGUCACUCACAUCCUUAAGCUUGCUCAUUUUUCUGCUUCCUAACUUUGAGGACAAAUUCUCACCUGCUGUUGUAAAGAGAUAAUCAGUGUUAUUCACUUCACCUGUCAGAGGUCAUUAUGUAACGCCUGAUUGGUUUAUCGUCCUCUGAGAUCAUCCUGUAUUUGUGAUUUUGCUGCAGCCUCUGUCCACCUCUGUAAAAAUGUUCCUUUACCUGAUUUUUUAUGAAGCCAGAAGCUGAAACAUUACAUCUCUAACUCGUCUGCAUCACUCUACACGGACUGCAAGAAACAGUUAAGAGCUGUUAUUAUUAUUUUGCAAAUUAUUAGCAAUUAAUAAAAAGUUUCUCAUGA